UACCUAAGUGGAAGGGAGACAAAACUACUUAUUAAUAAAAUUUGUGACGUCUUCGUCUGAAUCUGUUUUUGAAACGUCACAGAUGCGUAUUGUUAUGAUACUAAUGCAGCGUUCACUUUGUGGUAAUGGACUACUACAAACGAAAGUGCAGCGAUUUUUUAAAUCUGCCUUUCACUCAUUAAUUUAUUUUGUUUAAAUGACUUAUCAUUUGGUUUACAAUACAUUAAUUAGGGUGUAACAGUAUUUGUUACAAAUAGACUGGCAACCCAAUUGCUAGCAAGACUGUUAAAAUGAUAACGUCAACAUUUGACAUUCAACCGAUUUUGAAUGGGAUUACUGUUUGGUUCGAUUGUGUUUCUUUUUAAUGUAGGUAGUUCUACUCAAUAAUUUAUAACAGAAAGUACAAACUGAAAUGGGAAUUAAGGGCCUUUGGACUGUGUUGACACCUUACAGUGAGAAAAAAUCAUUACACGAAGUACGAGGAGAAACCCUCGCUGUUGAUUUAUCAGGAUGGAUUUGCGACAGUCAGAAUGUGACCGAAUAUUAUAUUCAACCCAAAUUGUAUUUAAGGAAUCUAUUCUUUAGAACCGUGUACUUGAUAUUGGCUGACAUUAAGCCAAUAUUCGUACUUGAAGGAGACGCACCAGAGCUGAAAAGAGAUGUCAUGGCUGCCCGCAAUGCCUUGCAGUUCAAAGGUGCUGCACCUAGGUCCGAAACAGCAGUUAGCAACAAAAAACCUGAUGUUGCCAGGAAGAGAUUCAAAAAUGUUUUAAAAGAAUGUGAAACACUUCUGAAGACAUUAGGAGUCCGAUGUGUUAAAGGACAUGGAGAAGCAGAGGCCACAUGUGCUCACCUGAAUGAACAAGGUUUGGUUGACGCAGUAGUGUCUCAGGAUUCGGAUUGCUUUGCGUAUGGUGCGCGGCGAGUGUACCGCAACUUCAGCGUGUCUAACUCUGCAGGCGGCGGCGCUCUGCAAGGCUCUGUGGACUGUUACGAUGCCGAAAUUAUGUACAAAAGCAAUGGUUUUGGUCGCAACAAGAUGGUGGCUCUCGCCUUGCUGUGUGGGUGUGACUAUGGUAUUGGAGCAUGUGGGUCGUCUAUAACCACAGCUGUGUCAUUCUUGCAUAGUAUUCCAGAAAAGGAUGUUGUACCUAGGUUAUUGUCAUGGGUGACAAAUCCACAGCACUUUGAAGAAAAAAACCGGUGGCUGAAUGUGCCCGGGCGUUGCGACCGCUGCGGACACUCCGGCCGCACGCACGGCCGACACGGCUGCCCCGUCUGUGUCACUAAUCGUGGCUGCGAUGAUACUGGACAUAAAACGAAGGUAGCAGAAGUGAAGCGAGAACUAUCUCUCCGUCAGCGAGCGUUGACCUGCGGCGCACCGUUUCCGGAGCCCAAAGUUAUGAAAGAGUUUAUGCACACGCCGCCGCAGAAGAUAGACGUCGAUAGACUAAAGUUUCCCACCCCAAGUUUGAUAAAAUUUAUGAAACUUAUGACGAACAAGUUGGAUUGGUCAGAGAGAUAUUGUGUGGAGAAGUUCCUACCAUUGCUGACAAAGUGGCACCUACAAGAUGAUGUACCGAGCAGGACCAUCCAGGCAACAUUGAUAAAGAAGAAACGAAACCCCAGAGGUGUCCCAAGUUACGAAGUCGUAUGGGCCGAUAUCAACGGCCAAUAUGAAGGACUCAUCCCAGAUAAUCAGUUUGAAGAAGACGAGGAUCCAUCAGUUGCUUGGACAACAACUGAAAGACAAGAUUUAAUGCGGAAAUACUACCCGCAAAUAGUAGACGCUUACGAAGAAUCCAUCAAGAAACCACCGAAAGAAAAGAAGACCAGGACACGAAAAAAGAAAGAAAACGAUAACCCAGAUAGUGAAACAAAACCUAAAAGAAAAUAUAAUAGAAAACCUAAAAAUAUGAAGUUCACAGAACAAUCAAAUACGACAAAAACAGGUUCAGAACAUAAAGACCCCAACACUAGUAUUCUAAAUGUCAGUGUACCAGUUAAUAAACUAAAGAGGAAAAUUAAAAACAAUACUAAGAAACAAAAGACUCUACACAGUUUCAUAGCAAGCAAAAAGAGAAGGACUAGCAAGAAAUCAAUGCAGAUUUUGAGGCAAAGCUUAAGAAAAAUGUCUAUUAAUUGCGAUGAUUACCCAGACCUUGCGCCUAUUACCAGUGAUAGUAGAUUUUCCAAUGAUGUGAAUGAUGAUAAAGAAAACAAAGGUAUAAAUAAACAUUGUUUAAGCUUACUAAACAGUUCUGAUGAUGAAGAUGUUAGUGACAUAUCGGAUAUUAUCAAUAAAAUAGUAACAAGAUCUCCUAAAACGAAGACCGCGAAAGUUGAUAAUUGUUUAGUACGACUUGUCUUCGAAAAGUACUCGACGCCAAAAAAGAAAUCUUUGAGGAAAUCUAUACUGAAUCAGGUACAUAAUAACUGUUCAACACCCAAUGAUAGUCCAAUUAGAAAGAGUAAAUUUAGAAUAAGUAAUAAUUUCAAUAAUUCUGUUAUCAGUAAAGUGAAUACUAGUUAUUUCUUUGAUAAGCUUACGGACGCCGGAGAUGCCUUUGAAAUGUCUUUAGAACAUAAGGGACCCGUUACGCACUUAGAUUCGACGGUAGAGUAUAGUCUGCCCGAUAUUUGUUUGUAAUAUUGUGUGUCAGUAUGUGUAUGUAGUAUAGGAGUAUUAGAAUCUGAUGUUGUUAUUCGAAAUGUAUUUUUUUUAUUUUCCAAUAAAACCAUUCAAAA